UAUUACGCCAAGCUGCCAAUAUCAGUCAUCUCCCGGUUCCUUGCAUCCUAGUCCCUAUUUGGAUUCAUGAUAGCCUCUUUGAAGACGUAGUCGAAAACUUGCACGCCUUUGUUGUCGCCCCGUCGUAAAGCAGUUGCUUCGGAUUGGGAUAUCGUAUAAGGCCUAGACAUUGCUAAUAUUACCGUUCUUCCCGCCUUAUCUGAUUUCCCCCGUCGAGGACCGUACGAGAUCGCGGAACAACUUGCGGGUCGAGUUUGUUGGGGGCAACAUUCAUACCGUGUGUGGAUGUAAAUGCCCGUGUAGUCUGGUUGCUGUGCAGUCCAGCUGUUCGAGAGACGGCACACAUUGCAAACGUCGUCACACGUAUCGCGUGAUACUUCGACAUAAGAUAUCUUCUCUUCUGGGUACGCAUAUGAAGACUGCCUCGGUCUCCCUUCCUCGAUGACCGCAAUCAUGUCCUCAUCGUACUCAUCCCCAGCCGUUUCGCCUCCAGUAGUUCCGCCGCAACAGCAUACCACGAAUCCGAACCACCCGACCUUAACGCCAUUAAUAACCUCCCCACCCGCGCGCCGAUCAGCCGCACCGCGACCGAUGUCCCACGCUUCCAAAAACCGACUGUCGCAGUACUCGACGGGCUCUGUCCCGUCGCGGUCUCGGCCAAAUUCCUUUCUCUUCCCUGUCUUCUACUCCAGUCUAUCAUAUACUACCGUUCGAGACUUUGCCUACCCGUCCACACAUCCGAUGCACUAUGGCCCCCCGCCGGAGCCUUCGAGACCGCCCUCCGGCAUGACCACCCCCGCUAGCGAGACGAGACGACUUUCGGACCCCCCUGCCUCGUGGGAAAGCAAGAUCGGUUGGGAUUGGACGUCAGACGGUGGGCUCGGGAAGGGUGGUGAGCUUGCCCCAAUCCAUUUUGGCGAUGGCCCACCCUGGAGCGAGGACGAAGACCUGCAAAGCCCUGUCGUUAGCUCGCGGCACCGGAAGCACAAGUCUACCUCUGCUGUCACAGGGCAUAAGAGCCGGGGCUCGAGGGAUGGCGAUGCGUCUUCCUCGUUACUUAGUGCGGGGGGGCUAGACUCUAGUAGGAGUUACUACGUCGGAACGAGUGGUAACGGGGGCGACAGGUACUAUGUCAGCCAGGGCAGCGAGGCCAACGGUCCAGGCGGAGAAUAUGUCACGUAUCCGCCGGAUCAAGGGCGGCAUUCUAUUAACGCAUAUCAACCGUCGUCAGAUCAGCAGCAGCCACGAAAUUACGCUGAGAAUGAUACCGGAUAUAGGUCCGAGUCGGAUGCCUCAAGCACUGGCUCGUCUCCGGGUUAUCAUCCAUACGACGAGUCUCGAUAUUCAAGAGAUUACCAAUUUACCAUCACCUCGCCAGACGAGGAAAUGCACGGCAAAGCUGUUGCGUUGUUCGAUUUCGAAAGGGAGAACGAGAACGAACUGCCUCUGGUCGAAGGCCAAAUUAUUUGGGUGUCGUAUAGGCAUGGCCAAGGAUGGCUCGUUGCGGAGGACCCCAAGACCCAGGAAAGCGGACUAGUACCGGAAGAGUACGUUCGACUCCUUCGCGAUAUCGAAGGCGGCAUGACGAGCCUGACCGGGCAGCUCGACACCGGCCUGGGAACCUCUAACGACGCCGACACCCCAACGCAAGCCGAACCCAGCGGGCAAGCGUCCUUACCCCAGACUACACACGCCACACAAUCGGGGCCUGCUUCAGUGGGGAAUAACCCAACGAACGGCUAUCACCAACCGAUCGUCUCGACCUUCUCGACCUCUAGCAAGGAUCUGGAUCCCUAUCCCCAGCAUCUGCUGGGUCAGCACGGGCAGCCCCCUCCGCAGGUCGUACACUACCACGGCCAACGCGGAGGCAGUCAGGCCAACACGCCCACGGCUCAGAAUUCCUUCGGCGAUAUGCCACUAAGCCGCACUAGUCAAGAUGCCAAACGCAAUAGUUCGAAUUCUAGAAAGUCGCAGACGCUCGAUGUUCUACCCACCUCAAAAUUGAAGUCUCCAGAUCACGAGUCGGAUUCGGAGGAUGAGUACCCACAGAAGCCCGAAAACCAGUAAUAGAGUGGCUUCGAAUAUGGAUCAGGAAAUGAGAUCCAUGUCGAGAUAUUAGACACAUGGAAUCGAACGAUUCGCCUAGAGAAACUUGAGAAACAUGAUUCUCAGAUAUAUAGUCGCAACCACAUCUAGUUUCACUGCGAUAGUUACCGUCGCAACCGUCCUCAGCGAAAAUGGUGGAUCCCAUAUAACUCAGGUCGCUUGUACGGAGCUACAGAUUGUGACGACCACACCCGUCGUUUGCGAUCACCUAUUGACUUUUCGAGGUCGAUGCGCUGGAGCUGCAUACGAAUGGAUAAUAUGACAGGAUUCUAUUGAGCCUGCAUUGGUGUAUUUUACUCGCGUGGCGUACGCCGCAUCGUGAGAAUAGGAAGAUAGGUACAGAAUAAGAGACGUGAUCACAUGAUGAUCCGAUCAAGAAGAUAGGUAGCUGAAUGAGAAGACCAAAAAAAUAAUGAUCAAAGUAA